AUGGUCCGCUGCGCGACGCUCGUCAUCGGCCCGGCCGGCGCCGGCAAGUCGACAUACUGCAACCUCAUGCGCACGCACUGCGAGGCGCAGCGGCGGCGCGUCCACGUCGUCAACCUCGACCCAGCAGCGGAGCACUUUCGGUACCCGGUCGCGGCCGACAUCCGCGACCUCGUGCCGCUCGAGGACGUGAUGAGCGAGCUGCGGCUGGGCCCGAACGGCGGGCUCAUCUACGCGAUGGAGUACCUCGUCGACAACAUUGACUGGCUCGAGUCGGAACUCGACGACCUCGGCGGCGACGAGUACGUCCUGUUUGACUGCCCGGGCCAGGUCGAGCUCUACUCGCACGUGCCCGCGAUGAGCCGCGUCGUCUCCGAGCUGCAGCGCAUGGGCUUUCGGCUCGCCUCGGACGCGCCAAAGUUCGUGGCCGGCGUGCUCGCCUGCCUCUCCGCCAUGACGAUGCUCGAGCUGCCGCACUGCAACGUGCUCUCAAAGUGCGACUUGCUGCCCAACCGCCGCCUGCUCGACGAGUUGCUCGACGCGGACGCGGCGGUGCCGCGCGCUCGAGGCUCGACGAGUCCGGCCUCUCCUCGCCGCGAGCUCUUCACGGCUCCGGCUCUGCUCGAGGACUGGUCGAUGGUGCAGUUCCUGCCGCUCGACCCGCGCGACACCGACUCGGUGGACGAGAUCCUCGCGCAGAUCGACAACGCGCUGCAGUACCACGAGGACGUCGAGCCGCGCGACCCCGACGAGCGGGACGAGGACGACCCCGAGGUGGAGGAGCACGACGAGUCAUGA